CCAUAGAUCCUGCGCGGCCUGGAUUGCGACCCUGUCGAGGACGCUGGAUGGGCUGGCACCGGACCGAACCCCAUUACUGAAUGUGGGAUUUUCCCAGGACUGACUUGGCAUAAGGCCUGUUCAUCGGUUGCAUCAAGUAUAGACCACCCAUCGUGUUCGCUUCUGCAUCGGGAAACAUAGUAAUAAGAUAGCGUCAAAUUUGCAUCUUCCCUGGACAGUAUCUUCGAAAAUACAGGGCAGCCAUACUGCCAGUCCAACUGGAAUCCACAGUCUAUCUUCGACUAUAAUGGAGAGUCAAGCCGAAAACAACGAAUCAGACCACCUCACGGAGACUGGUGCUGAAACGGAAGAGAAAAUUGCCCUUGAAGACGAGCCCCAGAACGACGAGGUUGCUAGACACGUAGCCGAGAAGGAAAAUGCCAUUCGUCAAGCAUGUGACUUGCGGGAUUAUGACGCCUUAAUCUCCUAUGCCACCUCCGAAGGUGGCUUCCUGAACGAUGAUGUCCGACGAUUAGCUUGGCCCAUUCUUCUCCAAUGUGAUCGUCGUGGCCAAGACCUGGAUUUCACAGGGUGGGAUGAACUGCCACCACAUGUAGACGAAGAGCAGGUUCAGCUUGACGUGAACAGAUCAUUCGUCUACUAUCCUGAAUGUUCUGAUGAGGAGCUGUCUACCAAAAAGGGCGAGCUGUCCAAGCUGAUUAAGCAAGUUCUACGGUGCUUCCCAAUGCUCUGCUACUUUCAAGGAUACCAUGAUAUCGUUCAGGUUCUGUUACUAGUACUUGGUGGCCAAGAUGCUGCCGCUGCGGUUGCGCAGAUUUCCCUCCUCAGGAUUAGAGAUUAUAUGCUGCCGUCGCUUUCACCGGCGCUUAAACAUCUACAGCUAAUUCCUGCCAUUAUCGAGAAGGCCGAUCCUGCGCUACGACGUCAUCUUGCAGAAAUCAAACCAUUCUUCGCACUCGCUGCCACUCUUACCCUAUACUCGCAUGAUAUACAGGAAUAUAGCGACAUUGCGCGGCUGUUCGACUUCUUGUUGGCGCAAGAGCCGGUGGUCUCGAUCUAUCUCUUUGCAGCCAUUAUACUGUCUCGCAAGAAAGAACUACUAGAAAUCUCGGUGGAUGAACCGGAAAUGUUGCAUUUCACUUUGUCCAAGCUGCCGAACCCCCUAGAUCUUGACGGUCUGAUAUCGCGCUCGAUGCAGCUUUUCGACGACUAUCCGCCUGAGUCCUUGGCGUUUGGGGCCUGGAAGCAGAUUCCCGAUUGCAGUGUGCUCAAGUCUUCACGGGACCUCGUUAAGAUCCAAACCACGAAGGACACGGUCGGGCUUUUCGAGAAACAAGUACGACAGCUACGCUACGAGGAGCGGAAGGAGAAGACCAUUGCUUUCUUAUGGAGUCACAGAAGGGCGAUUGGCUCUGUGGCCGUUACCAUAUUGGUUGGUGCCAUGUCGGUCUGGAUAAAAAAGAAGGGAUUUGACAACACGAUAUGGUCGUACGUCAGUAAAUUCCAUGGGGCUUUGCAAGCUCGCGGCUAUCUUUAAUCUCCUAGUGUCCUCGCAAAAGAAAACAGCACGGUCUGAGGGAACAUCAGGGAAUGUAUGAAAAAUAUAGACUUGAAUAAUUUUGAGAAUGAAA